CCGCUGUGUAUGGAACCUAUGGAAGCAGAUGACCUUGCGUUUUACCCUUGCGACUGCCGCUAUCAAGUACGCAUUCAAGCUCCAUAGAUUUAUGUAUAGGUUUGUCGGUUUUGUUGGGCAAAGAUUAUCAAUGAGGAAAAUGGGCUGUGCCCAGCCUGCCGCAAAGAGUACAACUCAGAAAAGCCAGCACUUUAUAAACCCGUAUCUGAGGCUGAGUGAGUAUUAAUUCGCAUCACGCGUAAUUGUUCCAGAGAUGCAAAACUGAAGGCAAAUAGAAAGCGAAAGGAGAACUUGAAAAAAACGAAGCUGAGUGCCGAAAUGCUAAAACUAUUACCGGAACUAAGGUUUGUGUGCAUUGACCUGUGUCAUGUUUCGAAGGGUGGUGCAACCGAACCUGAUAUUUGUUGUUGGCCUUCCGGCGUGGAUCUGUAAAGACAAGGAAGUACUGAAGGGUUCAGAAUACUUUGGGCGGUAUGGAAAGGUUUUCAAGGUGGAAAUUAACCAAAAUCAGACGUUUGGUGGCCCACAGAACGAGGCUAUUGAACAAGAUCUGACGAUUUCCCGAACUAACGCUGCAGGUCAUUACUCACGAGCGCCAGCGUCUCUUGAAUUUCAAACACGACACGACCAUGUUGGAGCGACCGGUAUCCAUCCUGCUUUCAGUAUUGCCAGCGGCAGCCAGUACGGCAGCGGGACAUCGGUGUUAUUAGCUGAUGUCAUGCUGUGUGCUGAUCGCAGGCUGUUUUUAUGCAGUACGAACUUCCGAAAUAGCCGAAGUCAUCUGGCCACUUGGUGUCCUCCAACAACAGGCCGGCCACAAACUCAAAUCGACCACACUGACAUCAGUUACCGAUGGCGCGGAUCCAUUACUGACUGCCGGUCGUUUUGGAACACAGUUGUGGACUCUGACCACGCGCUCGUCCGGAUUCGCUUCUCCCUACGUUUCCCGGGGCCGCGUAAGGUGCGGACAAAUCGCAUGGCAACUGAAAGACUGGCAGAUCCGGAUGUCAGACGAACUUACAAGAAUCGUCUUCUAGAGUCUCUUCCAAGUGCUCCACCAUCAGAUGUGAACACAUACUGGGACGAGAUUGCUACCUCUUUGCAUAGUGCUGGGAAUUUUGCCUGUGGCACGACCCAACCAGGCGCACUCAAGCACUGGAUAUCAGACGGAACGGUGUCACUACUUAAAUCUCGAAGAAAUAUCUCAGCCGGUCCCGAACAUAACCGGGUGCGAAGAGUUAUUAGACGUCAAGUGAAAGUGAGCUUGCAGGAACUUGUGUUCCUUGUCGUCCAUGGGCUUCAGAGCAUUUUUUCCACUUGUGGAAUGGCAUGCAUUGUUAUGACCCCUUCCAUAUCUCUUAUGCUUACUUCACAGGGUCAGCCAACCUUCAGUGCCUAUAUCACCUUCUGUCGAUCCGAAGAUGCUAUGCGGUCCAUCAAAGAGCUAGAUCAAGGUAUGCUUCAUGGGAGACCACUUCGGGUUUCGCUUGGGACUACGAAGUAUUGCAGCCAGUUUCUCCGGGGGACCAAAUGCACCAAGCACGAAUGCAUGUAUCUUCACGAGCUUGGAGAUCCUGCGGCCAGUUUUACCAAAGAAGAGAUGCAGGCUGGCAAGCAUACUGAAUAUAUGAACAAGCUGUUGAAAGAGUAUACCGUUUCUGCCCAACAACAGUCAAUCUCUUCCGUGCCCAGUCAGCUUGCCGGCCCAGCCAUAGAUUCUGCAGAAACAAGCACAGUCAUCACCACCUACUCCAAUUGUUCGGAUAACGUCGAUUCCACAACAACUACACGAGAAUCCACCUAUCCUUCCAGUUGUCGUACACGCUCCGGUGGCACAGCAGACCGUCCAGCUGGAUCCCCUCCGCCAUCGAAAGCGGUUGGACAUAAUGGACUCCACUGCAAACUAGUGAAUGGUCCGGAUACUUCUUCAGUUUUGCCGUUGAGUGAUGGUCGGCGUCUAAGGCAAUGUCGGACUGAUCGUCCUUACUCAGAAUUUUCCCCUGAUGGAAACGUCGUGUGGAAUAGGCACACUUCUACUUCAGACUAUCCUUCGGACGACGGAAAGCAGCUUCCCCACUCAUCCACUCAUUCGUACACCAAUGGUUUGACUAGUUCUGAUAGGGACAAGUUCUCAACGAGGGGUCAACAUAAGUCGUCCGGGGAUGGUCGUCGUGCUCCCACCUAUUAUCAUCGCAAUGAACAUAGACAAGCUGUGCCUAACCGCAAGCAACAUCCAACCGAGCACUUGCACAAUACCAAUAAGAAUUCGAAUUGCGCGACGACGAAUUCUCCUAUCGGGGAUUGGAAUCGUUCACAGCCAGCUGUCAUUGAUUCUACUGGAGGACGAUUGGUAAACUUUGGCGACGACGCUGUAGAUAUUGACUUCGAUCCCUUCCGCGAAUCUCAACAAGGGCUGGCCGAACUCCUUGCAGCGGAAGUCAAUCGGUUAGUAGUGACGGAUGAAGCAGGUUCACAUGGAACCUUUAAUGUGAAUGGCCACUUACCUGUUCAAGGACGUAGUGCGUCUGCGUCCACCAAUCCGCUCAGGCCCUUUGCACCCAACGAAAGUGGUGUAGCACCGGAUUUUGCCGCCUCCACUCAGCUGAAGCAGUCUGUCGCUCCUUGGUUCACUAAUUUUGCCCCUCCGGAUAUGCAAGGACUUCAGACAAUGGGCUAUAAGCACCCAACAACUCUCUCUUCAACGGUGUUUAACUCAUGUGUUUUCCCGCCCCCUGGAUUUGAGGGCAGUGCUCCUGGGGGAGUGCACCAGUCGGGGGAUCCCUCAUCGCCCAUGUUUUCUACGUCAACAUCUAAUCUGCUCGAUUUUGGGGUUGGUGAAUCACCCCGUUCUCCUGUAGUCUCCUUCAAUAUGGGUUAUGAUAACACUAACCUGGCAUGUGCAAAUGGACCACUUACGGAAGACUCUCCUACUUUCUCUUAUUCAGCUACUUUGCCUAAUUCAACCAAUCGAUUGGAUACGGCUCACUUUGAUCUAGAUGUCAACUCCAAAACCCUCAAUGGGCCAGAUAACAGCAAUACAACUCCCCUACCAAAUGGUCCUAGUGCAAUGUUCCGUCCUUACUCCAAUUCUACGGAUAGCAAUCCCCUGUUUCGAUCAGACUUGAUGCGGCUCGACCCACAACAAUUCUUAUCUCAUUUGCUUGCCACCACUUUCCAUGCAGCAUCGGGUAUACUCAACAAUACGCGGCUGCCACCGGGUACUGAGAAAUCCUCGGUGACGACGUCCAAGACCACCCCCUCAUUUGACCUCACUGCGUUUGUCAAUUACUUAUGUCGACUGUCUCCCCUAUUCUCCUCCUCAAUGAAUCCCCAGUUGUCCCCGGACUUGGCAAAUGGGAGCGCAACUAACCGGCUGCCGUCGUCCGCUAACUUCCCAGAGGGACUUCUGGAUUCUUCCGCUGUACUAUCAGCAGCUGCUUCAAUUCUGUUCCCAGCAGCUGCGGCUGUACAACUGCAGUCCAAGUCAAAUGAGUUCUUAUCUAGUGGACCACCACCACUCAGACAAAAUGACGCCACCGGAUUGUCUAAUCACGGGUUUCCUCCCGGACUGUCUAAGCAGGCUCCUUUCCUUCAACCCAACGCAUCCUCGGAGAAGGGAGCACUCUCCUUACCGUAUGCUAGUGGCUUGAGGGCGUCCUCCGAACUCUCGAUUUCAGAUUCUCUGACUUGGCAGCUUGACGACCCUGCUAUUGUCUCCAGUCAGCUCAAUCCCUCUGCAUCAGCCAGUCAGAACCAAACAGAUGCCAACUGGAAGCCUGUCUUCGGUUCAGUCUCGCCAGUUGAUCUCCUUCAGCAGAUUUGGCGAUCCGGCUCAAACGCACCACCCUUUGAUGGACACGUUGCGUCCUAUAGUCAUUAUGCAGCACAGACAAACAGCCCCAACAACGUCGCUACCAGUUCCAAUCAGCGACAAACUAUCAGAGAUUCUUCUCUACAUUCUGCGUCUCAGACAGACUAGGACAUCCUAGUCCUGACACUCAGACUUUGCUGGCUGUUGGGCCCUCUCUAAUCCUCCCUGUCCACCCCUUUUUCCCAUGAUGAUGACAAUAAUGAUGAUGAUGAUGAUAAUCCGAUUCCUCCACAUUUACCAGUCUUUUUCAUAGCCCCGUCUGAUUGGGAUAGCCCAUCCAGCACUGGGUUCAGUGCCACACACACACACCGCUCUCCCUCUCUGUCCUCUACUUUGACACCGAUGCUACUUACUUUUCAGAAUUGCUUUUCUAUGCUCAUAGUUAUGAUCUUUUUCUCUGCAUUCUCUAUCAUGGGCUUCAGGUUGAAUGUUCCGGAUCAGACUGGGUUCUAUGGUCGCACCAUUAUGUUUCGAAGCUUUUCUCCGCCACCUUCCGUCUAUCUCUUCCCCGCCCCGUCCCCGUUUUACCCACAUGCACACAAACGUUCAACUUGCCUCUCAGUCCUUCUUGUCUCUUCUGUGCUUCACUUGCCAAGUCCUAAUAUGUG